UAACUUAUCCGAUCUCUCAACUCAAGCAGCCAUCAUUUCAGACAAGAGAGAGAGAGAGAGAGAAAAAGCAUUACAAAAAGUCCAUUCCAUGGAUACAGAAGCUUCGCCGUAAGUUGCUCAUAAAACUUUCUAACCUACCCGGAGAAUUUUGACUGUCGAAAAAAAGAUACAUAUGAAUAUAAAUUGAAUUGUUGUUAUCUAUGGGCAGGUUUGAAAGCAGCGAGAUGCUAGCGAGUUUCUUGGCGUCCACACCAUUGUUAUCAGAGUCAUGGAGGCUCUGUGAUCUCGCCAAUACGACAUCGCCUCAUAGUUUUGUGACAAAACAGAUCGGAACUGUUGGAUAUGUUGCGUUUUCAGGCAUCCAGGAGCCGACCUCCUGUACCAAUUUGGAACCGCUUCAUAGCGACAUCACCAAUGACCUUUUCUGUCCGUUACAAAAUCGAAACGAAGAUGAAGAAGAAGAAGAAAGGGAGGAGACGGUGAUGGUUCAUGGUAGCCUUUUACAGAUCUUUCUCUCUAUACAUUCCAAUCAGAAUUUUCGAAACCAGAUGCUGAAAAUAAUGGAGUCGAGCAAGUCAAUAGUGAUGACAGGGCACUCCAUAGGAGGAACAACCGCUUCUCUUUGUGCUCUUUGGCUCCUAAGUUACUGUCAUUCAACCUUUUCCAGCGUUAAAGUAUUAUGCAUCACAUUUGGGUCGCCAUUACUAGGCAACGAGUCCCUUUCUCGUGCCAUUAUGCGGCAGAGAUGGGGCGGCAACUUUUGCCAUGUUGUUUCAAAACUAGACUUGGUUCCUCGUCUACUGUUUGCACCUCUAGAUAAAUUAACUCAACUACACGACUUGCUACAAUUCUGGCGCUCAUCAAUGGCUUUCCCACGUUUGGGAUCUCCUGCUACCAAUUUAGAUGAUCAAACCGAAGGCGUUUUCCAGUUAGUGUUAUAUUCGUUGCAAGCUGUUGAUGCUACGAAGAUGAGUUGCGGGUUUUGGCCAUUUGGGAACUAUUUGUUCUGCUCUCAGGAUGGCGGUAUUUGUAUAGAGAAUGCAAAAUCUGUUAUAAAGAUGAUGGGUUUAUUGUUGGCGAGCGGUUCCCCAAGCCAUAGCAUUCAGGAUCACCUCGAGUAUGGAGACUACAUUAGUAAAGUAUCUCUGCAGUUUUUGAAAGAGAGAAAUUUGCUGCCUCCUGAGGAGCUUCCUGAAUCAAGCUAUGAAGCAGGCGUUGCACUAGCGUUGCAGUCCUCAGGAAUUCCAAGUCAGGAAGCUGAUGCCAGAGAUUGCCUGAAGUUGGCGAGGCGAAUGGGGCGUACGCCAAAUCUCAACUGUGCUAAUCUAGCCAUUAAAUUAUCUAAAAUAACUCCUUACAGAGCAGAAAUAGAGUGGUACAAAUCAUCUUGUGAACAGUCAGAGAAUCAAAUGGGAUACUAUGACUCCUUCAAGCAAAGAGGAGCCUCAAAAAGGGAUUCUAAAGUAAAUAUGAACAGGCACAAGCUAGCUCGGUUUUGGGAUAACGUAAUUAACAUGCUGGAAAAAAAUGAGCUCCCUCUUGAUUUUCAGGGUCGUGCCAAGUGGGUCAAUGCAGCCCAUUCCUACAAGCUCCUUGUCGAGCCAUUGGAUAUUGCAGAAUAUUAUCGAACAGGAAUGCACCGUGAGAAUGGCCAUUAUAUUAGUCAUGGAAGAGGAAGGAGGUACCGGAUUUUUGAUAGGUGGUGGAGAGACAGACCAGAUAAAGAGGAAGAGAAGAAUAAAAGGAGCAGGUUUGCGAGUUUGACUCAAGACACUUGCUUUUGGGCAAGAGUGGAGGAAGCUAGAGAAUCUCUAGACAGAGUUAGAAGUGAGAGAGAUCCUAUGAAUUUGCGUUGUCUGUGGGCAAAGUUAGAUGAAUUUGAAAGGUAUGCGAGCCGAUUAGUCCAGCGAAAGGAGGUCUCUAAGGAUGUAGUAGCAAAAAAUUCAAGCUAUAGUCUAUGGUUGAAAGAUUAUAAGGAAUUGAAAUCACAGAUUGCCCAGUGGCAUGCCCAGUUUCCUAGUUUUCUGGAUGCAGAAGUUGUUCCUUAGCAUCUUUUUUCUUCGUAAUAAUGCUCAAUCAGGCUUCAUAAUGAAUAUCACUGUGACAUGGUGAGUUUUCUUUUCUUUUU